ACAGCACAGAAAACAGACUCGGCGAAAAACAAUUAGGGUGGCCAUGCGAUAUUGCGGUCCAGGUUCUUCGAUGAUAGAUUAACUUCUGCUUUCGUAACACGUGGUUUAGUGAGCGGUACCGGUACCUAACAAAAUACCUUGCAGGAACAACGUAAAAUAUUACUUUAUUUGUAAAUUCGAAUGGGCGUCUCACAUCGCUUCGAAAUGUUUAAAUUCAAUUUCGAAGUAGCCGAAUCGUCCGUUGAGGAGUUAGGUCCAAGUCCUUUGAAAAAGAUAAAAAGUGAUGAUUCAGAAAUAACAAAUUCAGAUAAUGAUGAAAAUUGUAUAAAGUGGUAUCUAGCCGAGAAAGUAAUUCCUACUGAAGCGUUAUUUAAUAACUUGGACCUGUUCGAACUUAAUUUAAAAGAACGGAAAGUGGGAACUCUAGAAUUGCGACAUUUAAUAGCCGGCUUUUUGCUUGAGGAUAUUAAGACUCAUAGCGAUGUGGAUAGUCGCGAUAUAAAGAAGUCUGAGGAAAGCCACUCUGAUCUAAUAACAGGAGUUUAUGAAGGAGGUGCAAAAAUUUGGGAGUGCACUGAUGACUUGCUGCUCUACCUGUCAGAAAACAUUGACAGCAAUUACUGGGCAGAUAAACGUGUUCUAGAUUUGGGAUGUGGUGCUGGCUUAUUGGGAAUAUAUGCGCUGAAAAGUGGUGCCAAAAUAGUUGACUUUCAGGAUUAUAAUAAGGAUGUUUUAGAACAAAUCACUUUACCAAAUGUUCUUUUGAAUUUGGAACAGACUACAAACGCAGAGAAAUUGAAGCAGUUAAAGACUCAAACCAAUUUCUAUGCUGGCGAUUGGGCACAUUUCGCAGAGCUCACGGACAAGAUGGAAAAAUACAACAUCAUACUGACCUCGGAAACAAUUUAUAAUAUAGAAAAUCAACAAAAGCUAUUAGACACCCUGAAAAAACGUCUAGCACUAGGGGGCGUUGUUUUAGUUGCAGCCAAAUCACAUUAUUUUGGUGUGGGGGGCGGCCUAGAACAAUUUAUUGAUGUGGUUAACAAAGAUCAAGUGUUUAAAGCAAAAAACCUUUGGCAAGCUUCCGAAAAUCUAAAGCGAGGCAUUCUUGAAUUGAAAUGGCAAUAAAGUAAAAAAAUGUUUAAAAAAG